UGAGACUGAUGAACCACUUUAAGGCCACUUCCCUAAAUGUCUGCACACGGCUCAUCUCUCUGUCCAUCAGAUGGUCAUAUUUCUCUUUCUGACAGACAGUGCAGAUCAGCUCGUCUGAUAGACAUGAGGUCUCUGCUGUUAAUAUCAGUGUUGUUGGCUCUCAUAAGGGGCGGCGAGGGACAGAAACUAACAGUGAUUCUCCGGCCGAAGUUCCCUCAGGUGUAUGCUGGAGAUGACAUCACUCUGAUCUGUAACCGUGAAGGAGGGAGUAAACCAACAACAUGGUAUUUUAACGGAGCACCACAAACACACAAGGAUUAUUUAAUGCUUCUUACAGCAGUGACACCAGACAACAACGGGGAGUAUAAAUGUGAUCAGGGAGGAACGAAGAGUGACCCGUUAACACUCACUGUACUGGAUCUGGAGCCUCACGCUCAGCUCUCUCCAUCUGUUGGAGGUGCUGUGAUGACCAAAGGAGAUGGAAGAAACCUGGUGCUGCAGACAGAUGAUGAUGAUCUGGAGAACUGGAAUUGUUUUGUGUUGAGGGGAGUGAGCACCUCCGCUAUAGGACUCGAUGUUAAUAAGGAGAUGAAGAGAGCUGUUAUAUUUGCAGAUUUAAAGGAAGCAGAAAGAGCAACUUUCUGGUGCAAGAAAAAGAAAGCAGUUCUUCGAAGCAAUGCAGUGACACUGAAAAAGACAGAGCUCAUGGUGAUGUUGGUUCCUCCGGCCGUUCCUGCUCUGAAGGGGGAGCCUGUGACCCUCAGGUGUGAAGUCUGGGGUAAACCAAAGCUGGACAAGACUGUCUUCUAUAAGAAUAAAACACAAAUCAAGAGCUCAGCUGAAGGCACAUACACCAUCACCAGCGCCACACAAAGUGAUAACGGCAUGUACAGCUGCCACGCCACCUACAGGUUUACACACAUCAGCACAGGAGCUGCAAAGAAGGACGGAGAUUCUGAUGCUCAAGAGUUAAAAGUUAUAGGUGGACCUCCUGCUGCAGUGAUUUCAGCGUCUGCUAACAAUCUGAAGUGUUCCUGUCCUGACUGUCCUGCCAGCUGCACAUCCUACCACUGGUAUCACACACCCUUUAAUGACCCAUUCACUCGCGAAAAACGAUCUGAAAAUGAUGAGUCUAUUACCAUAGAGAAAGAAGGAGAGUACAGAUGCCGGAGGGACUGUGGGAACGGUUUCUCCCGUUUCAGCCAUGUCUACAGCUACACAGUGACUGCAAACAUGGUGCCCAUCUUGAUGGCAGCGCUUGUGAUCUUUAUCGGGCUGCUGAUCAUUUUGCUGAUCGCGCUGAAACGCAGACGUGGAGGAAGCGCCAUCCAGGAGACCAAACAGGAUAAAAACAAGACGACAACUGGAGACUAUGAGCAAAUCCAACUCAAGGACAAGGCGGUUUACCACACCCUGGGCGAGGGCACGAGCAAGGACCAGGCCGAGGGGGGUUACGAACCCCUGCAAAAGACGCAGGAGGAGGGUGUGUACCAUACAGUAGGAGCAGUAGGACCUGUAGAGGGUCAGAGUGAAGGUCAAGCUCAAGGUGGGUACGAGGCUCUUAAGAGCAUCAAAGUGGAUGUGUACCACACAGUAGGACCAGUAGAGGGUCAGAGUGAAGGUCAAGGUCAAGGUCAAGGUCAAGGUGGGUACGAGGCUCUUAAGAGCGUCAAAGCUGAAGUGUACCAAACACUGAGUUCAGACGACUCAAAGAAGCCGGCAGGAGAAGCAGAGGGAGGAUACGAGCAGCUUCCUCAGAAAGACAAAGAUUACGAGACCGUGGCAGUGGAGGACAAUCCAUAUGAAGAAGUGAAGAAACAGAUGGGCAAAGAGAACGAAUGAAGGAAGCUGGGAAACAGUAAGCACCAAUAAUAGUCAAAUGGCUGUUUAGUCAUUGAAGGCAAAAAAAAAAAACAUUGCCAAUAGUUACAACAGUUAAUCUAAUGCAGGUUCUUGUAUUAAAUGUAAUGUAUUAAAGGGAUACUUGGUACUCCACCCAAAAAAAGAAAAACAUUACACACACACAUACUGUAUAUAUGUAUGUAUGUAUGUAUGUGUGUGUGUGUUUUAUUAUUUGUAAUGCAAGGGUACCUCCAAAUCUGACAAAUCAAGAACCAGACCAAUGAUCUUUAACCUGCAACUUCAUCAAAAUGCAACUCUCAUUCAGAUCCGACUCUAUUACGAUCAGAAACACCACUUUAUACCGUCACAUCAAUUCCUGGAAGACCAAACUAAUUUCACUCUGAAAUUUUUCCACAAGUUAGUGGUGAAGAAAUAGAUUAACACACUUCAGCUUUAAAGUCUAAUAUAACAUAUAAGCACAUAUAAAUACAGUUUACUCAAAAAAAAGAAAAAAUAUAUGCUAGAGUACAGAUUCCACAGACAGCUUCAGACAUGUUGAGAAUCCAGAUACAUUAUUAUGUAUAUAAUAAGUCAAAGAAGACCACAAUAAAAAUAAAAAAAAAAGUUUUCUUGCAAUAACACAGAAGGAUUUAAAGCACAGAAAUUCCAAGGUAUCUCAUAUAAAUAAGCAUCAAACAUAGUGUAUUUAGUGCUAGGCAAUGAUCAUUAUUUUAUAUAGUAUGUGUGUGUGCUGUGUGUAUUUAUUAUGUAUAUACAAAUACACACAUAUGAAUGUAUAUAUUUCUUUUACACCAAAAAGCAUUAGGAUAUUAAGUAAAAAUCAUAUUCCAUUAACAUAUUUUGUAAAUUUCCUACUGUAAAUAUAUCAAGAGAUAUUUUUUGAUUAGUAAUAUGCACUGCUAAGAACUUCAUUUUGACAUCAUUUGACAUCAGGUGAUUUUCUCAGUAUUUUGAUUUAUUUGCACCCUCAGAUUCCAGAUUUUCAAAUAGUUGUAUCUCAGACAAAUAUUGUCCUCCUAACAAACCAUACAGCAAUGGAAAGAUUAUUUUUUCAGAUUUCAGAAAUUGACCCUUUUGACUGGUUUUGAGGUCCAGGGUCACAUAUAUAAUGUGAACACAAACUUUUAUUUUGAUGUAAUGUGCAAUUUAGGUUUUGUCAGUGGUUCAUGUUCAUUGUAGCUUGGCAACAGUCAUGUUCUGUCAUGUGGUUCCCUUGUCAUUCUUUGGGUCAUGUAUCUUGUCUCUCAUUGGUUGGUUCUUGUCAUGUGACCUGAAUUGUUUCACAUAGAUAGCCCUCAUGUUGCCCAUGUUCUUGGUCAAGUAUUGAUGUUGUAACCACUGCUGAUAAAGCUGCAUUUGGGUUCACCACAACUUACCAUUCAGUAACUGUUAUAUUAGGAUGUCAUUACAUUUGGAUGCAAUUAAUUGAAAUUAAUCGUUGCCCAGCACAAGUAAAAGUGAAAUGACAUACAGCCAAGUAUGGUGUUUGUGAAAAGUGGGUUCAUCUCAUAGGUGUAAUGGUUUUUAUACUGUACAAACUGUAUUUUCUAUGGCCCUACACCUAACCCUAAACCUAACCCUAACCCUCAAAGGAAACUUUGUGCAUUUUUACUUUCUCAAAAAAAAAAAAAACUCAUUCUGUAUGAUUUUUAAGCGUUUUGAAAAAUGGGGACAUGGGUUAUGUCCUCAUAAGUCACCCUCUCCUUGUAAUACCUGUGUCAUACCCAUGUCAUUAUACAGAGUUGUGUCCUGAUAUGUCACAAAAACAAGAGCACACACACACACACACACACACACGACACACACACACCCGGAGCAGUGGGCAGUCAUUUAUGCUGUGUCACCUGGGAGCAGUUGGGGUUUUUGUGCCUUGCUCAAGGGCACCACAGUCGUGGUAUUGCUGGCCUUAAACCCAAACCCACAACCUUAGGAUUAGGAGUCAAACUAACCAUUAGGCCACGACUUCACCUAUAUAUAUUACUAUCAGUAGUUUCAUACAGGCAAUUGCAUUCACACAGAAUUGCAUCAAACAAGUUAUUGGGAAUAUCUGUGUGAAUUUAUAGUUAUGCUGAUUAUGCUGUCUAUAAUAUUUCUCAGCUUGUGUCACUCUUAUUCAAUUGCAAAUGCAUUUGCAUCAUAUCUGUUUCAUUGUUUCAUCAUGUUUCAUUUGCACUGUAGUCUCAUGGUUUCAUCAUGUUUAUGUUCAUGUUUUAUUUCAUGUGCAUUGUUGUUUUGUUGUUUUUAUAAAGCACUUUAAUAACUUAAUGCAUUUUCAGCUUUAUUAAUUGGUUGAAAAUAGCUUUAUUAAAUAUCAAAAUAAGCACAGCUUUAUAACUGAAUACAAUAUGGAAUUUACAAUUUUUUUACUGCAAUGCUACUGUAAUUCAAUCUUUCUCCACUAAAGGGCAAAUUGGUGACCAUUAUCAAAUCCAGUCCUGUUGAGAUUCACAAGGUCACUGCAGGAGUGAUUUGGUUUUUGUCUUUAUACAUACUGGUUUGUCAUUUUAGUUUUUAUUAAAUAAAAAUUAAAAACAAUCUCAUAAAUUCCUUGUGUAAUUCUGAGUGUGUCAAAUUAAAUUGUAAAUAAAUUAAUCCUCUGCUUCUU